GAUGGAGGCUGCGCAGGCCGGUCUCGCACCCACUGCAAAGGGAUCGGCCUCUGCAAAGCCCAAGUCCAAACCGAAGAAAACCCCAGUUAAGAAGAUCAAGCAAGAGGACGUUACACCGCGAAGAACAUCUUCUCGACUCAGAGGCAUCGAAGCCGAUAGCGACAAAGCGAAGCGCAAGGCCGAAGAGGAACUCGAAGCACGCAGAGACGCAGACAAAGCUAAACGACAGCGAAUAAGCGAUGCCUACAACUUCAAGGAUAUCGUGGUUGCUGGCAAAGAAUGGGACAUGAACGGGAACUUCCUGUCCAUUGUUGGGCCAGCGAAGCCUUACGAGCGUACAUUCGAUGAUGAGGAUGUGAAAGAGACGUCAGACAAAGAUCUGAGGGCAUUGAGACAGAAGAUGAGUGGGCUGGAACUAUGGUCAGAAUAUGAGCCCAACGAGUUGAAGAUUACUCCCGAGCGGAUUUACGCAUUAGGCCUGCAUCCUACCACAGAAAAGCCAUUGGUUUUCGCAGGCGACAAACUCGGCAAUCUCGGGAUAUGCGAUGGCUCACAAAAGGCUCCUGAGGUCGACGACGAGGACGAAGAUGCGGAGGUGGAAGGAGCCAGUAUAACAACUUUGAAGCCACAUACACGGACGAUCCAUACAUUUCAGUUCAGCCCUCAUGACACAAACGCGCUAUAUUCCGCUUCAUAUGACUCCACUGUUCGGAAGCUCGAUCUCGCAAAAGGGGUCGCCGUAGAAAUAUACGCACCAGCCGAUGCGAAUGAGGAUGCACCCCUUUCUGGUAUAGAGAUAUCCAAGAAUGACGCCAACAUGCUAUACUUUUCUACUCUUGAUGGCCACUUUGGCAUGUACGACAUGCGGACACCUGCUGAAAAAUCCGCAGGAUUGGAGAUAUUCCAGCUGUCAGAAAAGAAGAUUGGUGGAUUCAGUCUUCAUCCCCAACAUCCACACUUCGUCGCAACGGCUUCUCUGGACCGCACAUUGAAAAUAUGGGAUCUGAGGAAGAUCAAUGGGAAAGGCGAGUGGCGUCUCCCAGCUCUUGUCGGAGAGCACGAAAGCCGACUCUCGGUGUCGCAUGCCGCUUUCAACUCAGCAGGCCAAAUCGCUACCGCCUCCUACGAUGAUACGAUCAAGAUCCAUGAUUUCAGCAAAGCUGGAAGCUGGAAAGCCGGCGAUAGUUUGACUGAUGCUGAAAUGAAACCCUCUGUCAUAGUACCGCAUAACAAUCAAACGGGACGGUGGGUCACCAUCUUACGCGCGCAGUGGCAACAACAGCCUCAAGACGGCGUGCAAAGGUUCUGCAUUGGCAACAUGAAUCGCUUUGUUGAUAUUUACACGGCCAAGGGCCAGCAACUUGCACAAUUAGGCGGUGACGGCAUUACCGCCGUUCCCGCCGUCGCUAAGUUUCACCCAACGCAAGAUUGGGUGGCCGCUGGUACGGCGAGUGGAAAGCUUUGCCUCUGGAUGUAG